UAGAAAGGCUAUGGUCAGUACUCUUCUUCCUCUCUGCAUGGCUGAGAAGUCUAAUAGCAAGGAAAAUAGAUUCCUUUCACAAUUAUCCAAAGGUGACUGACCUUGUGUGUCACUGAUAAGUUUCCUUCUCCAUGUAUAUUUAAGGAUGCUGGUCAAAAGAAAAAACUAAAGGCAGUUUAUUGCAGGAAAUUAGUCCAAUUUAUGCAAUCUCCCCCACAGCGCGUGGUCAGUACCGGGGCUGACCCUGAGGGGAGGGGGGGCGGCCCUCGGAAGCAGCACGCGCUGACCCCCCCCCCGAGAAACACUUGAAGAAAGAAAAAUAAUUCCUCCAGCGGCCGAAAGGUGGGAGGCAUUUCAUCCGCGGCAGCACGAAAGCGCUCUCCGUGUGGUCCGUCCAGAGAUUCGGCGGCGAGAAGCGGCGGUGCCGAGGCUGAGGGAGCGCCUCCCGUCUCUGGCCCCUGCGGAGGAGGAGGAGGAGGAGGAGAGGACGAGGAGGAAGAGGCGUGAGGGUGGACAGCGAUUCCCUUUCGCUGCCAGAGGGCUGCUGUGCGCACCGACUAUGCCAUGAGCGCCGCCGCCGCCGCCUCUUACUUAGAGCCGCCAAAACGCAGGAGACCCGAGGCGCCGCCGCCGCCGCCCCCUCGCCAUGCACGGGCUGUGCUACUCACUCUGCUUGGUGGCAGCCGCUGCGGUGGGGCUUUCGAAAGCCAACAGGAAUUGUCCGGACCUGGUCCUUGACAGCUGUCUCUGCACCGCAGAGCGCGCCAAGGGACCCGGCCGGCAAACGCUGCGCAUCAAAGUUGUCUGCAGCGGAGGCGAGUUGGCGGAAACUUUGCACCCCUCCCUGCUGCCCAACCGCACCGUCUCCUUAAUUCUGAGCAAUAACAAGAUCUUAUGGCUAAAGAACAACUCUUUCACUGGACUGAGAUCACUAGAGAGACUAGAUUUGAAGAAUAACUUAAUUAGUAACAUUGAAUCAGGAGCCUUCUAUGGACUUUCAGAACUGAAACGUCUGGAUCUUUCCAAUAACAGAAUUGGUUGUUUAACACCUGAAAUAUUUGUAGGUCUUAAAAACCUUCAUAAAUUGAAUUUAUCAGGAAACAUUUUUUCAAGUCUGAUGAAUGGACUGUUCUCUGAGCUUCUCGCUUUGAAAGCCUUACAUUUCUAUACUGAUUCCCUCAUUUGUGAUUGUAAUCUCAAAUGGAUCUUAUACUGGGCUACAAAUUCCUCAGUGCGGAUAUCAGAGGAAACUGUGUGUGCUUUUCCAAGGAGUUUACAAGGAACAUCAUUUCGCAAUCUGAAAGAAAAUCAGUUGAUAUGUGCUGGUCCAUUGGAGUUGCCUCUUUUUGAAUUGAUACCAUCACAGAAACAAGUGGUUUUUCAUGGUGAUCGCUUGCCAUUUCAGUGUACAGCAACGUACCUCGACAUUACGACACAAGUACAUUGGUAUCAUGAUGGUCGCUUGGUUGAAACUGAUGAUGAAAGAGGCAUGUUUGUGGAGGAGACCAUAAUACAUGACUGCUGUUUAGUUACCCGUGAGCUUAUUUUGUCCAGUAUUGAUAUUGAUGCAACUGGAAUGUGGGAGUGCAUGGUUAGCAAUUCCUAUGGAAGCAUUUCUAAGCAGGUGGAAAUUGUUGUAUUAGAAACUGCUAUACCUUAUUGUCCUGCUGAGAGAAUAAUUAACAAUAAAGGAGAUUUCAGGUGGCCUAAAACUGUGGCAGGUGUAACUGCUUACCAUUCAUGUUUUCAGCAUUCCUUAAGAUCAGCUUCCUUUCUGAAUGGGGAAGAAGAGUUAAAAGCAUGGCGUAAUUGUAACCACACAGGUUGGUGGGCUAAAGAAGAUUAUUCCAAAUGUCCUUAUUCACAGGAAAUAACUCAAAUCCUUCAUGCUUUCAGUCAGAGGCAUCUUAAUGCUACCAAUGCACUUGAAUUUUCCCAUCAGCUAGCAGCUUUCACAAGAGAUGCUGCCAAAUUUGCAGAUAAAGAGGACAUUAUCUAUUUAGCUUACAUGUUGGAAAAGCUGAUUCUACAUAUGGAAGAAGUCAAAGAACAGCUUGCAGAUGCUGUCAUAGAGAUUGCUAGCAAUUUAAUGCUGGUAGAUGACCAUGUAUUAUGGAUGGCACAAAGGGACAAAAAAGCUUGUGCAAGAAUUGUGCAGUGUGUGGCACGCAUCUCAAAUCAAACUUUGAGCAGCAAUACACAAGUUGUAUCAAAGGUUUCUCUUAAUAUUGCUCUGGAAGCUUUUUGGAUCAAGCCAUUUAUUUUUCUGGGCAUGACCUGUAUUGCUUUCCAAAAACUACCUGCUAAUCCAGACAGGUCACUGAGUUCUGACACAAAGAGCAGAAAGACAGACCAACCCUUGAAUUUUAAAUGCAACCCUGGAAAUCAAAAUAUCUCUUUGGUGAAUUUCUCAUCCGUGAAUGCUGUGGCAAUAGCUUCAGUUCAUUUGCCACAGUCUGUCUUCUCCUCAUCUGCAGCCUGGCAAUCUGUUGAUAACUCCUCUUGCAAGCUACAGUUUAUUGCCUUUCGGAAUGGAAAACUCUUUCCCAACACUGCAAACUCGUCUCACCUUGCAGGUUAUGGGAAUCAGAGGGUCAUUGGCACACCCGUAGUCUUCAUUAAAAUAGAUGGGUGCAAUAUCGGAAACCUCACCAGUCCUCUUAUUAUAACGCUGAAGCACUUUACCCAGGGCAUAAACCCCAUUGCAGUCUUUUGGGAUUUUGACCUUCUAGAUGGACAUGGAGGCUGGUGGGGAGAAGGGUGCCACAUAAUUAGCUCUGCAGACAGUAUUACCACUCUUCAUAGUACUCACUUCGGUAACUUUGCAGUGCUAAUGGAUCAGAAGACGGUGUGGCCCCUAUCCCAAUACCCAGGGGAGUUCCUGCACCCUGUGGUUUAUGCAUGUACUGCGGUCAUGUUAUUGUGCCUCUUUGCUUCAAUUAUCACCUAUAUUGUGCAUCACGGCACAAUUCGAAUCAGCAGAAAAGGUUGGCACAUGCUUCUCAACUUCUGUUUCCAUACUGCUCUCACUUUUGCUGUUUUUGCUGGUGGAAUAAAUCGUGUAAAAUAUCCAGUUAUAUGUCAAGCGGUUGGUAUUGUACUGCAUUAUUCUACACUUUCUACAAUGCUCUGGAUUGGAGUGACAGCAAGAAAUAUUUAUAAACAAGUUACAAAAAAGCCUGAAACAUCCCAAAACAGUGAUCAGCCUUCUUACCCCAAACAGCCAUUGCUCAGGUUCUAUCUGAUUAGUGGAGGUGUUCCUUUUAUUAUCUGUGGAAUUACUGCAGCAACCAACAUAAAUAAUUAUGGGAUAAAAAGUUACGCCGGAGCUCAGUUUUGUUGGAUGUCAUGGGAGCCAAGCCUUGGUGCAUUUUAUGGACCACUUGCAUUCAUUAUUCUGGUAACGUGCAUUUACUUCCUCUGCACCUAUGUGCAAUUAAGGCGUCAUCCAGAACGCAAGUAUGAAUUAAAGGAAAGGAUAGAAGAUCAGCAGAGGUUGGCAAGUCCUGAACUUGGCCAUAGUCACCUGACAGACCUUGGAUCAGUUUCCCAGGCAACCUGUUCAAUGAUGUCUUCAUCCUUGUUGGAAAAUGAGCACUCCUUCAAGGCUCAGCUUCGAGCUGCUGCAUUCACUUUGUUUCUGUUUACUGCCACCUGGACUUUUGGUGCCCUGGCUGUUUCCCAAGGACAUUUCUUGGAUAUGAUAUUUAGUUGCCUGUAUGGAGCAUUUUGUGUAACCUUAGGACUCUUCAUCCUCAUCCAUCACUGUGCCAAGCGAGAUGAUGUGUGGCAUUGUUGGUGGUCUUGUUGCCCUUCUCGAAGAAACACCUACUCGGUGCAAGUCAACGUCCGUCCAAAAGUUAAUGUCAAUGGUGAAAGCCAAGCUCAUGCCUCAUGUCUUCAAGACUCACCAUGCCCAGGUAAAUCGGCUGUUUUUAAUCACCCAGCCAUUAGUCAUUGCAAACUCACCAAUCUACAGGCUGUUCAGAACCACGUCAACUGCCUUUCACCAGUCACACCGUGUUGUGCAAAAAUGCAUUGUGACCAGCUCCUGGAAGAUGAAGCUCAUAUUCAUGUACACAACGAAGGGACUUUCAGACCCAACAUGCACAUUCACAGAUGUUUGAAAAGUAGAACUAAACCACGAUAUUUCAGCCGACAUCGAGCUGCAGGAGAAAGGGAGUAUGCUUACCACAUUCCUUCAAGUAUUGAUGGCAGUAUACACAGUUCACAUACAGACAGUCCACACAGUACACAUGAUCGUCACUCGGGCCACAGGCGGCCAUGUUGUGCAAAAAACAGCCCCUAUCCAACCAUCACUCAGCCUGAAAGUAGUGAUGCAAGUACUGUGAUCUAUAGUUGUGCUAAACUCCCAGAAACUGAGACAGGCCCCCAUUUUGAAAUGCAUCCACGGACACAAUCCUUGCCCUUCAGCACAACCAGCCACAAUGGAAUUCUAAAGGGAAACCUGCAUGAAGCCAUGAUUUACAGUUCAGAUAGUACAGGAAAUAUCAAAACAGGGCCAUGGAAGAAUGAAACUACUGUGUAGUUGGUAGGCCACAUUUCUCGACUUGCAGCUCAAAGCAUCUUAGACUGCAAACCUAUAUACAGCAAUUUGGGAGUAAGCCCAAUUAAAUUCAGUGGGCUUACUUCUGAGUAGACCUAGCUAGAUUUGUACUGUUGGUCUUUGUUUUCCUUCUAAACUGAAUAAGAUUCUACGUGUUUGUGUAGCACAUAAAAUAACUGUACAGGUUUUCAACCUAUUUUUUUUUUCUUAAUAAGGCUUUUAAAAAGCGGGCAGUCUUGAAAUUAUUUUUAAAAGAAUGAUAGAACAAUGUUCAAGGAAGAACGAAAACGUAAAUCUAGGAAGCAGACUAAGAGGUGUUUGUUACUACAGGCAGUCCUUGACUUAUGACCACAACUGAGAUUGGAAUUUCUGUCGUAUGUUGCUGCAGUCAUAAGUAGGGUUGGACCCAAUUUUACGACAAUUUUUAUGAUGGUCAUUGUGAAUCACUGCAAUUGUUAAGCAACUCCCAUGGUUACUAAGCAAAUCUAGCUUCUUCAGUGGGCGGCGGUUUAUUUUGCCCCAAAUUACAUAACAGCAGGAUGUGGCAACUGGUUAUAAAUGUGAGUUAGUUGCCAAGCACUCAAUGCAAGAGUGGUAGAUGAAAGGACAAAUCAUAAGUUACUUUUUCCAGGCACUUAUCUUUGAACCAUUGUUAAACAAAAAGUAUAAGUCAAGGACUUCCUAUAUUAUGUAAUGUGGUAUUGUUUUCCUUUUAUUUUUUUUAAUCUGUAUCGGCAUCAGAUACCUUUCUACCCAUAUCACUAUCACCGCCUUUCCUUGAUUAUUUUUGCAACACAAAUGGUUUUCUAUUAAUUUUUGAAGUCAGCAGAAAAAGAAAGGAUUUUAUAACCAGCCUAACACAGCUUUUUAGGCCUAUAAAAACGAUACUGCCUCUAAAGAUCUUCUAUAGCCUAUGGCGUGUGAAACCAUGUAGUGUAUAUGUCACUGUUCUGUCUUCUUUCUCUUUGGAAAGAAACACUAGGUAAAGUCCUACGUUAACAUCUACAGUGCUGUACUGGUUGUAUUCCUUUUUUGUUGUUAAGAUUAUUGUUAUUAAUAAUAUUUUUAAUUUCUGCAUGACAUCUGUCAGGAUAAUGCCAUUUGUUGUUUUCUAAUGUUGCAUAUGUACAAAGGAAAAAAAAAUACCCUAUUGUAAAAGGCUGUGAUCUGUCCAUGUUGGUAUUAAUCUAGAGCAUUUUGACUCUACGAAAAGAAAAAAAGAGAAACGUAUCCUCUGCACCCCUUUAAGCGGCACAAUCCUUUCUACAAGGUUAAAAGAUUGCUUUGAUAAGGGUGCACUCUAAUGUCUCCGCAAAGCAUGUCCCAUUGAAUGUGGCACUGUGUAUGUCUCUAGUAGCUGUCUCUCUACCAGUUUCACUCUUUGGUCCAUUUGCUUUUGGGAAUUAACCUGCGGGUAGCCCUAUCAUCAUCAAUCAAGGCAAAGUAGUGCUUUCCCAUUAACUCUUUGAUGAUUGCAAUUAUUCACUUAAGAAAUAAAGUAGGGCAUCAGCAGCCCGAGCUAAGCACUUUGAAAAUGCAUUGAUGUCAAUGAACAAGACAUAACCUGAGUACUGGACUGCAUUUUUUUCAACACUGAAACCCAAAGUGCUUAACUUUGAUUGGAUUGUUUCCUGAGAAUAUUUCCAGAUUGGAGGGAAGACUUAUAUGUGCAUUGUUAUGCAAUGAUCAUCAUCAUAGCAGUCCAGUCCAAGAGUAACUAGUAAAAGCUUUGUGACUUUGAUGGUCAUUCUAAACAAACCCCUGGCCCUCAUUGCUAAGGAAAUGCAUAUAGGACUUCACUGUAAUGAAAUAUCACUUAAGAGCAGAUGUUUAAAUUAUGCUGUAUUUGGGAUGAAAUCACCUUCUUUGUCAUGCCUUUUUAAUCCAUUGCUAAAACAAAAAUGCGAUUGCCUUUAUAUUUCCAUACAUAUUUGACCUUUCACUGAUUUAUUCUGUUCAGAUCUAGUAAUCUCUAGGGCCAACAUUACUCUCUGUUCAUGAACUUUCAGCAAAAAAGUUUUGUUUUUAUUAUUUUUUUAGGGGGGGAGAAAAGUCUAUGAAUAUCUGAACACAUUGCACUAAUAAACAUGAAUAAGAGAAUUACUGUAUAGUUGCUGUUUAAGAUUUAAAAUAAAGUACAGUGCAGUUUUAAA